GCCAGACAAAUUAUGAAUAAGGAACUAUACUGUCGUUUCAAGUGAUAUUUCAAAUAAAAUAAUACCAUGGACCUAGUACAAACGGAAAUUGAUCUCUUUCAGUAAUUACAAUUAAGCAUCGCAGGAGCGUUUUCAAUGAAUGAUCGUAAAUACAGUUUGCCUCUGAUGCAUCGGAAUAAUAUUGUUUUACAUGCGAUCAUUAUGCAGGCAUCUAUAUUAAAAGUCGGUGAACUUGAACCAACCAAGGUUUCGUGAAACCGAACUCUGUGAAAGUGGACCACGUUAUUUGAAUCUGUCUUUCUCGCUUUUGCGACGUCCAUAAUAAUGAUAACCAUCUAGGAGGUAGGCUUAGUUGAAUGUUGGAGGCCAUUCUGUAAGGUGCAUAUACCAUAAGAGGCUGUGAACCCUAUAUCAACUCUCCAACAUGCUAAGACUUGUGACCCUCGGAGCUCUGAUACUAGCCGUGUCUGCGGGGGCACCCAAUUGUUGUGGGCCGGAUCAAGUCAUGGCAGGAGUGGGUACAACGAAAAGCUUUCAAUAUGAUGGACAGUCCACAGCCUACGCCAGCUACGCCAACGGAGCUUUUGAUUUCCGCAACGGAGACUAUGGCUACUAUCUGACCGUACACCCCGGUCGGUCCUGGCAGUCAUCAUGGCGUAUAAUCCAGAAUUAUACUGAGCAAGUACAAUGGGUGAUUUACUACGACGGCAAGACGGAGAAGUGUAUGAAGCAGGCAAUCACACAACCGCCACCAAACAAUUGCCUUCCCGGCAAUGCCGAGUUCCAGGCGCAGAUGACUUUUGGAGGCAAGAAUGGACUGGUAGCAGAUUGUUACACUUAUGGAAUCCACUAUCCCCAUGUGCCGGAGGACACAUUGGCAUAUGCCACCGUCGUCCACAAGAACUGUUACCCUCUUACCAUCGCACUCAUCGGACAGAAGUUUGACCCAUAUUGGAAUUCAACAGUGAAGUUCAUGAGCACAUCUGGCUUUGUAAACAUGGCCGUUGGGAUUCCUAACCCUGAUGCUUGGUUUACACCACCGGACUCAUGUCGCAGGGGUAACCGUGUGUCACCACGCUUUUCUCGAGCUCUUCCAGACUUCGAUCUCAAGGCCUACCACCUGCCAACUUUCUUCUAAGAGACAAUAGGCCCGUUUCAUGAAACAGUUUAUAAUAACCAAUUUGGAUUAACAGUUAAAAGCUACUGAAAUCCACCAUUCUGAUUGGCUGGUAGUAAAUUUGUUAUAGAAAUCGUGCAUUUGUUGUUAUAACAAUUCUUUAUGAAACAGGGCACAGUUCACCACGUUAAGCAGUUCACACUUCACACAAUUUCGUUAAUUCUUAUUUUGAGUCCGAUUAGUUAUAGGUAUUGGCAUAUAUAGCCAAAAUUGAUGCACAAUAGGCUUUUAGUGUAGUAGGUUUCACGGUACACCAUGUAUCUUUCUUGGGCAAGUGUUGGUCCUGAAAAGAACCACCCAAUCUCUAUAGGUUUUUAUCAAUUUAAUUGAAAACAGUUAAUAUAAAAGUAAAAGGCAAUUUGCAGGAAAUCUAUCUGAUUUGGAGAUUAAUAAUAUUGUUUGUUGUACAAUACUCAUUUGUGAGGCUGAGAUGCACUAGUGUAUCGCUCUAUAUAAAGCUACACCAUAUGAAAAUGCAUCAACAAUUUAAAGACAAUACUACAUGAUUGUAAUGAUACCCUCUCCCAUUGAGGUCAAAUAAAGCAAGCUGAUUAUCUUUUUUUUAAAACUUUUUCACUUGUUCUGCUGCAAUGCUGUUAAAUUUUCUAUUUUAAUGGAAGGAAUAAAUUAGAUUUUGCAGUGAAAUCUCGUCCCUAUUUUUUCAUGAAGUUAUGUAUUUGUAUAUAAUAUCAAAUAAUGAGGACAUGACGUGUAUUAAUUUUUUGGUGAGUUGCGUUUUAGAGUGAAUGAGGGUUUUAAUUACUCCUGUCUGCCCUGUCGUUGUUAUGCGUCCCCAAAAGUUGCUGUCUACUCUUGACGUAGAGGGCGGCAGGUAAGAUAAGCGUCAAAAUAUCAGCAACGAUGAAACCAACGGUAACCUGCAAUGGAAGGGGAAAUGGAAGUGUUAUUUCACUUCAUGACUCCAAUAUAUCAACGUGAUGAUUUAUUGAUUAAAAUACACCCAGUUUAGUGUG